UAAUAAUUAUUGCACGUCAUCUGUCUCUUCAAUUGAACCUAAGCAACGCCGCUAGUACGCUAAUCAUUUAUAAAAAAUCACAGUGCCAAUAAUUAAUAAAAAAUGGCUUUGGUCCCACUAGAAUCCAAUCCCGAGGUUAUGUCAAAGUUUAUCCAUCAAAUCGGAGUGCCAUCAAAAUGGAUCCUCCAUGACGUUUACGGAUUGGACCAGGAAUUGCUGCAAAUGGUUCCUAGACCAGCUUUGGCUCUUAUUUUACUUUACCCAGAAUCUGAAAAGGCACAAGCUUACAACGCCGAAUUGGAGGCGAAAAUUAAAGAAGAAGGUUUGGAGGCGCCAAAAAAUGUUUUUCACAUGCAGCAGUGCGUCCCCAAUGCCUGUGGAACUGUUGCUUUAAUUCAUGCUAUUAUUAACAAUCUUGAUAAGAUCGAGCUAGAAGACGGAAUCUUAAAAAACUUCUAUGAAGAAGCUAAAGACUUGUCAUUUGCUGAUCGAGGCAAAUUGUUGAUGAACACCGCCAGUGAGAUAAUCGACGCUCAUGAACAAUUAGCUCAAGAAGGCCAAACUGCAGCGCCUCAGGAAAAUGCUCCAGUUUAUCAUCAUUUUGUUGCGUUUGUUGCCAAAGAUGGAUCUUUAUGGGAGCUUGAUGGCCGUAAAUCAAUUCCAAUAAAUCACGGACCAGCAACUGAAGAAACAAUGUUGGAAAAUGCCGCUAACGUUUGUGGACAAUACAUGGAACGUGAUCCAGAAGAAGUUCGCUUCACCAUGAUUGCUCUUGUUGCCAAUGAAUAGUAAUCAACGAUAACUAUAAUUAUAAUUAUUAUUACAUACCUCUUUAAAUAUUAACGAACAAAGUUAUUUUAUUAAAAAAUAUUCUAGGAUAUUCUGAGAC